AUGAUUGGGACAAGCCCUGUUUCCAUUGAUGAGAUAGACUCUGUGCGUAAGGGCCGGCAGUCGGAGGGUCUUCAGAAGCACACAGAGGCCCACGUGGAGGACCUCUGUUUCUCCAUCAUCUUUAAGGGCCGCAGGAGGAACCUGGACCUGAUAGCUACCUCGGUGGAGGAGGCUAGGCAGUGGGUCCAUGGUCUGGAGAAGAUCCUCUCUAACAUGAAGAAACUCAACCACCAGCAGACGAGCGAGCACUGGAUCUUCAACUGUAUGAGGAAAGCAGACAAGAACAAGGACAACAAGAUGACUCUGAAGGAGCUGAAACACUUCCUCCGCCAGAUCAACAUCGAGGUGGACGACAUGUACGCUGAAGUGCUGUUUUCAAAAUGUGACAAGUCUAACUCGGGCUCCCUGGAAGGUCCUGAGAUCAAACACUUCUAUGACCUGCUGAUAUAUCGCGAGGAGAUCGAUGUGAUCUAUGGGAAGUACGCCACUACGGGGGAGCAGAUGAGUGUCAAAGACCUGCUCAACUUCCUGCUGAACGAGCAGCGUGAGGUGGCCACCAUGGAGGACGCUGUAAGACUCAUACAGAGAUACGAGCUGGACGAUUCAGCAAAGCAGAAGAAUCACAUGACCAAAGAUGGCUUCCUGAUGUACCUGCAACAGGAGGAGGGGUCUAUCUUCAACCCCACCCACAAGGAGGUGUUCCAGGAUAUGAGCAAGCCAAUCAACCACUACUUCAUCAGCUCCUCCCACAACACCUACCUGAUGGAAGACCAGCUCAAAGGCCCCAGCAGCACAGAGGCCUAUAUCAAGGCCCUGAUGAAGAGUUGUCGCUGUGUGGAGUUAGACUGUUGGGAUGGGGCCCAUGGGGAGCCAAUCAUCUACCACGGCCACACCCUCACCUCCAAGGUCCUGUUUAAAGACGUCAUCAAGGCCAUCAAGGAGUAUGCCUUCAAGACAUCAGAGUACCCAGUGAUCCUGUCCCUGGAGAACCACUGUACCCUGGAGCAGCAGAAACUGAUGGCCCAGCACAUGAUCUCCAUCCUGGGCAGYGCCCUGCUCACCUCCCCCCUGGAGGACCAGAUGCCCACUGCCUUCCCCUCACCCCAGGAGUUGAAGGGUCGGUUCAUCAUCAAGGGGAAACGUCUGAACAAGCUGGAUGCCGUCUUCAGCAGUACUAGUCCUGGACUAGAGGAAGACUGUGUCUCAGAGGAGGACGAGGCUGCAGAGACCAACCACUCCAAGACAGACUCCAACGGACAGAAGGCCAAAGCCAAG